UCUACCAUAUUUAUUUUCUUCCUAUUACUUCUGGACUCCUGCGGCUCGAUCAUAUCGCUCCUUCCCGGUGGGAUGCAUGGCGCCCUCCUCAGCCUCCACCGUUGAGGUCGCCAGUGAGUCCCUCUUCGACAGUGAGGUCGUCCCCUCCUCGAUCGUCGAGGUCACACCCUACCUCCGCGUCGCCAACGAGGUCGAGGCAAGCAACCCACGCGUCGCUUACCUAUGAGAAUGAUUCCACCUUGAAGGGAAGGGUUGAGCAGAGUGAUGCAUGCGAAAUGCGGAGUUUCUACCAGCACUACUACAAGACGUACAUCACGGCACUCCAAAAUGCCGCCGAUACAGCUGACCGUGCUCAGCUCAAAAAGGCGUAUCAGACUUCAAAUGUGUUGUUUGGGGUCCUAAAGGACGCCGUUAAUGUUUCACAGAAGAUCCAAGUUGAUCACGCCAUUCUGGAAACAAACAACCAUCCUGACAGUGCUAAUCACUAUCUUCCUGACAGUGCUAAUCAGACUAUUAUGAGAUAUCCCAAGAUCCAAGCAGCUUUGCAUGCCCUUAGUGACACCAGGGGUCUGCCAUGGCCCAAGGACCAUGAAAAGAAGGCUGAUGCAGAUCUUCUUGAAUGGCUUCAGGCCAUGUUUGGGUUUCAGAAAGAUAAUGUGUCCAAUCAGAGAGAACAUCUCGUACUAUUGCUUGCCAACAUGCAUAUAAGGCAGAUCUCCAAACCUGAACAACAACCAGAGUUAGAUGACCAUGUGUUGGAUACAACAAUGAACAAGCUAUUCAAGAACUACAAGAGAUGGUGCAAGUACCUUGGCCGCAAAACCAGCUUAUGGCUGCCGACAAUUCCACAAGAAGUACAACAGCGUAAGCUUCUCUAUAUGGGCCUUUAUCUGCUCAUAUGGGGCGAGGCGGCUAACUUGCGAUUUAUGCCAGUGUGUCUUUGCUACCUCUUUCACCAUAUGGCUUUUGAAUUGUAUGGUGUGUUGGCUGCAAACGUGAGCCCAGUAACUGGUGAAAAUGUUAGACCAUACUAUGGUGGCGAAGAGGAAGCCUUUUUGAAGAAAGUCGUGACUCCAAUUUCCAAAAUCGUAGAAACGGACAAAGCUGAAAGGAGUGGGACAAUAAAAUCAAAACACUCACAUCGGAGAAACUAUGAUGAUCUCAAUGCGUUCUUUUGGUCAAAUGACUGUUUCCAAUUAGGAUGGCCAAUGAGAGCCGAUGCUGAUUUUUUUCAAGAAGAGGAGCAACCUGUGAUGCUGAGAUACGCGACGGAACAUACCAAAAUAUGAGGGACAUCACCAGGUAAAG